UAUCUUUUUGGACCUAAAAAUCAGACACUUGUAUGUACGUGUGCGAUUAAAGUCAUUAAGAAAGUGUGUACGGCGUAUAUGUCUGUGUGAAUGUAUUUGUAUGUCUACUUUUGGCCAUGCUGGAGGAAAAAAAGCCCCGGGGUUCUCUGCAACAGGGCUCAGCGGAUGCGGGUCAACCAAAAACGCCGAAGAUCAACACCGGCGCCCGUAACUCUGCUACGGGUAAAACCGAACCCAUCUCAAAGAGUAACAACAACAUCAAGCCUGCACACCGCUUUGCAUUGCUAUCGGAGCGUUGUGCCCCUUCUGCUCCAGGGCCUCUACCGAGCCCUCUGCUUGGAGGGCUCCCAGGGAGCUCACUCCUGAUUGCCCAGCAGGCUGCCUCCUUGCGGCUGGCUCAACUGAAAGCCCAGCUAGCACUGACGCAGAUAAACAACGCUCUUGCUGUUGGCAGCCAAGCCGCAACCUUCACCGCUAACUGCAACACACCUGCCCCCUACAUAUCUACAAAACCUCCCUCCCCGACUGCUGCAGCCAUCAAUCUCCUCAACGUUCUGAAGAUCGCAAACACCAUGUCCCAUCCGCUGUAUAACCCCUAUGCAUCGGGUAACCAAAGUUCUACCCAGGGCCAGUAUGGACACCCCAGUAUGCAGGCAGAGAGGGACCAACGUAGGUCAUCGUGUCUUGGACCUGGGUCCAAUUUUGGUUCUACAGGAGGUUCCUCUUUGAUUCCUGACACUUCUGGGGGAAUACCAUCGUCGUCGUUGUCGUCUCAGUCAAUGACCUACAGGCCUGAACAGGGAAGGGCCAUCAUGGAUAAGGACUUGGAGAGGUCUAUAGAUAUGCAUAUUAGCAGAGCCAGAGAGGAGGUGAGAGUUCUUGGCAAACCAGUGCAUCAUCCCUUAGACCAGGACACUCGCUUUACCAACACUCAGAGGCAUGAGUUUCACUCUCCGGGCACUGGGAUGGUGUCCUACCCAUCCCUGUCCUCAACCUCUGCCGCUCCAGGACAUAGACAUUCAGACAUUGAAAGUGGUGGUACCUCCUUGGACUGGUCCUCGAACUACAAAAGACCCACUGCUGAUGACUCGAAAUUUUAUUCAUCACCUGUUUCAUCUAAUAAUGCAAGUGGUAGAGACGACAGAUUCUUUCCCCCCAUCGAAAGACCGCGUGAUAUGCAGUCCAUUCCAGGAUUAGGUGAUUAUGACCGUCCAGUGCAAGAGUCCACUCGACCCAAGUACACUUCUGAAUCAGCAGCUAACAUCCUUCUGCAUUUUGGACUUGAAAAAGAAGACUUGGAAGAACUCCUCUCCUACCCUGAAGACCAGAUCACUCCUGCUAACCUGCCUUACAUCUUGCGCCAAAUCCGCAUACAGAAGGCUAAGAGAACUCCAACAACAGUUCAGACAAAAUCCUACCCUGAAAGUGUGAGUGAAAGAGGCAGUCACAGUUUGAGUAGUUCUGGGUCAUCAUCUGUUCUCCAGCCGAGUAAAGUGAUUGACUAUGGACAUACUGGCAAAUAUACUGGAGGGGUUGUGGAUGAUACCGGAAAAACCAGUGUCAGUAGAGCCAACAGUGGUGGGAGUGGAAGUAUGCUACUGAUGGACAGUUUUAGUAGUAGCCAACACACUCGAGAACCACCGCAAAAAAAUACAACAGUUGUUAAAAGCAGUGCCUUGGGUUCUUCACAGCAGGCCAGUUCUGUUACUAGUCUCAGCUCUUCAUACAGUCCAGUACUGAACUCGGAAGCUCCUCCCAGUCAUGAUCAGACCAAACAGUUGCAGACCUCUCAAGCAAACCUCAGCUCUUUCGUUCUGCCAAAAAAAGACACAGACCUCAGAGUUCUCAAAGCUGAAGUCUCCAAACCUGUUCCUGUAAAAGAACCAGAGGCAGAUCGCCAGUCGACGUCGAAAACCCAACCACCCUGCACGCCACUGUUCCGUGGUGUGCAUCCUGGCCGACCUGGCCUUGUGCUCAUUGGCAGAAAUAACAACAGCGGCACUAAGGGUCAGAGUAAAACUCAAGGUCAUGGGUCAACAGUGCCUGGGCAGAUAAAAAAGCAGCAACCCCAGCAGCAAAAACCGAAGCAGCCAGUGGAGCACCAAUCGAAGCAGCAGAUGCAGAAGCAGCCAGUGGUGCAGCCAGUGGCGCAGCCAGUGGUGCAGCCGGGGCAAGCAAAUUGGCCUCCAGUGUUUUCUGCAGCAAAACCGGUUCCCCCUACUCCUCUUAUCUCCAACAUCACUGAUGCCUCACGGCCCAUGCAGCGUAUGAUGUUUCUCCCUGAUGAUCCUCGCUCCAGGGUUAUUCCUCCACUGCUGCCUCAGACAAUCCAGAAUUUCAAUCAUAUGACACUGCCGCCUUCCAACAGGCAGCCUCCAGCAAAGGUGGCAGGCACCAAGGGUCUGCCGACGCUGGCCAUGAUGCAUGACUAUGCAGCGGCCUCACCGAGAAUCUUUCCACAUACCUGUUCUCUGUGUAACAAAGAAUGUACUCAUAUGAAGGAUUGGCUCUCCCACCAGAACACCAACCUUCACCUUGAGAGCUGCAGAUUACUGCGAAAUCGAUAUCCAGAUUGGGAUGGUGAGAUACUUCAGCCUAGGGCUGCAGGUAAAGAUGCCAAGCCCCAGGCCUUAUCCUCUGCACAGACUUCCCAGCAGCGUCACCAGAAAACCAGCCGUGGAAGUCACUCCCAUUCCCGCUCCCGGUCACCCAGCCCCCGUCGGCACCGUGGCUCAGAGGGUAGAAGGGAGAGACGCAGUAGCCCAUCACGAUCGCCGCACAAUUCCAGAUACACUUUCAGGUCUCGUUCGCGUUCUCCCUCCCCACGGCAUGACCACCCAACCUCUUCCCGCUAUCGGCCACGUUCAAGAAGCCCUGAGAGACGACUGUCGCCAAGAAAGAGAGAAGACAGACGGUCCUCACCAAGGAGGGACAAUGACAGACGAUCAUCUCCUAGGAGGAAUGAUGGGAGAAGGUCGCCACCAAGGAGGAGUGACGAGAGACGAUCACCACCAAGGAGAAGCCAUGAGAGGCGUUCAUCUGCAGAGGCGUCAUCCCCUCAGCGAAAGAAGUCGAGCAGCGCAGAGAAGCUGGCCAAGAAACUCCUUGGAACAUCAGCUGUCCAGUCUCUGUCAAAACAGACUGACCUGGAUACCGUGGUUAAAACGUUGGCUCCUGUCUUACUGGCUGAGCUAGUCAAGAUGAAAUCCUCAUCAUCAUCAUCUGCCUCUUCCAAAGGAGGAAAACCCUCCUCAUCUACCACCCCUGCAGUCGGAAAGAGGCUGUCUUCUACGGGCUCUUCCUCAUCCACCUCUUCCACAGCAAAGAAGAAGGUGUUGUCGACAAAGGUCUCCAAAGCAAAGCCCAGCCUGCAGAAGAGUGAGGCAAGUUCUUCUACAAAGACUAAGUCUGGCAAAUGUUCACCACCAACCAUGGUGAGACUAGAAGGAAUUCGUAGUUCUCUCUCUCACAACGAUGUGAUUGCUGCCGUGGAGCAGUUUGGAAAAACCAAGUCCGUUUUACUGUUUCGAUCCAAACUUGAGGCAAUCGUGUGUUUCGAGAAAGAAGAAGACGCUAAGAAACUGAGGGGCGUAAAGAGCCUUGAUGUGAAAGGAAUGCCAGUCAAUGUCGUCAGAGAAAAGGAGACUGAUUCAAAGGAUCAAAAGAAGCCUCCUCGGAUCAAACCUGUAUCAUCCAGUGCCUCUAGACCUCAAACCAUUUCAGCCACAAAAAUCACUACCAGUAGAAAAGUUCUUCUUCCCACUCCUAACAUGCCUCUAAUUAAAUGGCCUUUACUCUCUGGGGCCCAAAAGGCCACAACAGCCAAGCUUACAAAUAAGAAGAUUGCACCUAAAGGAUCAGUUAAAGGCUUAAUCACUGUUACUAAAGCAAAAGUCUUGGUUUCCAAAGCAAAAAACAUCUCAACCAAGCAGAUAGCUAAAAUUGUAAAAACAGGAAAGUUGCCUGCAAAAAGACCAGUGAAAAAAGCAGCAGUUAAACAAAAAACAUCCUCAGGAUCUACGACCAGGGCUUCAGAAAAUCAGCCUGAAGCUGGUGGCUCCAAACAAAAACCUAUACUCAAAACAUCUGAAACUAGUGUUAAAGAAUCUUUGGUGAUGCUGAAAGAGACAGACAAGACUGAUAAAUUGAAAAACAUGACCGUUGCUGAACCAACAAAAGGCAAAGACAUUGUCACUAAAGAAAAGGUCAUGGCUUCCAAAGCAGAAAUGGACUCAACUGCACAGAAAUCUAAAACUUCAGUGGACAAGUUGGCUGCAGCAGGAGCUGUGGCAAAAGAAAAGGUUGAUGAAACUGCUGCAAAGGCUGGUAGUGUGCCUUCCAAAUCUACAACUUCAGAAAAUCGCCCUGAUGUAGAGACUUCCAAGCCUAAAGAAUCUGAAACAAAGGUUAAAGAAGCUGUGGUGGUGCCGAAAGACACAGCCAAGGUUGUUAAACAAGCGAAUGUGACAGAGAUUGAACCUAAGCAUCAGACAAAACUUGAUAAAGCCAACCGAGCUGAAGAUGAUGAGCAAAUGCAGCUUGGGGAAACAGUAGGUAAAGUGGCAGAGCCAAUGGAAGUUGGAAGUUGUACUGACGAAAAAGGGAAAAAACUGACAUCAGAAAAUUCAGCAGACAAAUCCAGUGAUAGUCAACCACCAACCAGUACAGUUCAGACCCUGCCAAAAGAAUCCUCUGUCAGUUCUUUAACACAUGUCCAGCAAAGCACUCUGUCAGAACCAGUGCCCACUAAAUGUAAACUUGUAUCUGAGCGCUCUGAAACUAGUGUUAAAGGGUCUGUGAUGAUGCUGAAAGAGUUGGAUGCAGUUGUUAAACCACCAACCAAAACAGUUACUGAACCAACAAAAAUCAAAGAGGUUGUCAGUAAAGCAAAGGUCAUGGUUUCCAAAGUAGACACGGCCUCAAAGAUGCAGAAACCCAAAACUUCUGGGGACAAGUUGCCUCUAGCAGGAGCUGUGGCAAAACAAAAGUUUGAAGAAACAGCUGCAAAGGCUGUUAGUGUGCCUUCCAAAUCUACAACUUCAGAAAAUUGCCCUGUUGUAGAGAAUUUCAAGCCUAAAGAAUCUGGAACUAAAGUUCAAGAAGCUGUGGUGGUGCCGAAAGACUCAGCGAAUGUGACGGGGAUUGAACCUAAGCAUCAAGCAAAACUUGAUGAAGCCAACCAAGCUGAAGAUUUUGAACCAAUGCAGCUUGGGGAAACGGGAGUGGCAGAGGCCAUUGAAGUUGGAAGUUGUGCUGACGACAAAGGGCAAAAACUGACAGAAAGUUCAGCACCCAGUGAUAGUCAACCACCAACCAGUACAGUUCAGAGCCUGCCAACAGAAUCCUCUGUGAAAUCUUUAAUGCAGGUCCAGAAAAGUACUCUGUCAGAACCAGAGCCUACUGCACAAGAAUGUAUAUCUGAAAGCUCUGAAACUAGUGUUAAAGAGUCUGUGAUGAUGCUGAAAAAGACAGACAAAGUUGAUAAAUCACCAAACCAGACUGUUGGUGAACCAACAAGAGACAAAGAGAUUGUCUCCAAAGCAGGAAUGGCCUCAACCACACAGAAAUCUGCAACUUCAACAGGUGCUGAUCCAGCUGGAAGGGUGAAGGCAAAGGGCUAUGUGACUUUGGGGGAGAUGGCAGAACAUCACAUUAAGACAGAAAGAAUGGUGUGCAUCACUCCCAAAAUCCUCUUCUCACCAAGAUUUACUCAAAUCGGUCAGAAGCAGAUGCUCAUAACCCUGCCAAAGUAUUUCAGUGACAGCUACACAGAAGAUGAACUUGCAGGACUUUUCAUUCCAUUUGGGUUUGAAUAUACAGAUGAAAACAUCUACGUUAUUCCUCAGGCACACAUGGCCAUCAUCCAAAUGCCAACAUUAUGGCAUGUGCAACAGUUGAUUCGUAUUGCGAUGAAAGGUUUUUUUUUCAAAGGGGUACCACUCUCUAUCCGUGCAUUGGCCAGCAGAUUUCUAAUGACACCGUUUGAAUUUUAUAAAAGAAUCAUGAAGAUGAUGAAAAUGUCUAUGUGUGACAGUUGGAAAACAGUCUUCAUCAAGAACAUUUCAGUGACUGAAGCCAGAGACCUCAGGGAAUCUGUAAGAAAAAUGAAAUUUGUCAGAAACUACCUGCCACUACUCAACAAGGUUUUUGUAGAAUUUGAGUCUUUUAACGAUGCUGAUCAGCUUGGAGUUUGGUACAGCCGCCUGAAACGACCCCCUGGAUACGAAGUCCACAGGCUAGGAAUACCACACGAGAAGCAUCCAGAACUAUAUUUUGGAGCACCACAUCUUGCUCAAAGUGCUAUACCAGACAGCGAGGAUUGUGUUCCUGGGGUUAUUGUGCCAAAGAGAUGUGACAUUCCACAGGGCACCGCAGCAGCGUUUUGGGUCACGAUGAGAUCUCGUCCCUUCAUGUACCCUACCAUAGGUGUUUGGUUCAACAUCCCAAAUCACCUGACAGUCAAAGGAAAGGAAGACAUUGAGGAAGCUCGCUUUAUUCUUGGUUCCAAGUCCCCUACAAUCAUGUUGACCGGUUUACCAAUGGGAGACUACAAGCACGAGGACUUGGCCAAGCUGGUCUGGCGGUAUUUCCCGAAACAGAACCUUCACUCUCUGUACUACAACAUGACGGUUUUACCGCUGCAGAGGAGGGCCUUUGUGCAUUUCCCUGAUUGGACUUCAUGCAUCAAAUUCCUCCGAGAUCCUUGCACAGAGACGUAUCAUAUAAAAAAACGCAGGCUGACGUCCCACUUUGUUUUGGAUUACAUGAAGCCUGAAUCCAGUGAGGAGAUGAAGUACAAAUCUCUGAUGAAGUUGAGCAACGCUGGAGUCCCAGAGGAAAAGUCUCUGGAGGAGCGCUUGCUGUGUGUGGAGAUUUCUGAGACGUCUGUGGAGGUCAUUGAGUUGGUCAUGGAAGUGGUGGCAACCCUUGCAACCUUUGUCAACUUCCUGCCGCUCGGCAACAGGAUAUGUGUUGAGAUGGCUGAAUCCAGUGGAGUAAAACGGGUGGUGGAGAAAUACAAAACUGUGCCCCAGGAGCCCGCUAGACAGUCAACUUGGAAUAAAGUCCAGCGUUUUGAGAGUUUGAAGAGCCUAAAACAGCGUCUACAGGACUGUAGUGAGAUCACAAUACACUUUGAACCGGACACUGUCAAUUUUAAAGCCAAGACCCCAAGUCAACCGCCAACUCAAUCCCCAACUGUGAAAUGCCAAACCCAGCCUCUUCCUCCUGAAUGUUCAGAUAAUGGGUCACAACCUGCCCAGCAAGCCAGUGGCCCUGGUGGGUCCACCCCGUCUAAGCCCAUUAUAGCAGGACCAAGUGAAACCGCUGCUAGCGAUGUAGCAAUGGAUGAAGACGCUGAGAAAUCAGGAACUGAGACCACCAUUGAUUCCACUGUUGGUCCCAGGGCAAAUGAAGUUGUGAAGAAAGCAAAGGGAGAAGACGCGUUACUAACAACUUUGAACUCUGCUGCUGAUGUGACCUCUACCUCUGUGGUCAGCAGUGGAAACACAGUCCCCUCAGCCACAGGGCUCACGCCUGAAGAGAAUUUUGCAGAGCUCCCUCAGAUUGACACAGACAUUUUCAAGGCGCUCAAGGCAGCAGUUCACCAGUACAGACUCACCCGAGAGAGUAAGCCCCAGAGCGAGGAGGAGAGCACCAACAAAAGCAGCACAAGCUCAAGAACUGCAGCAUCUGAAGAGACACCUCAAAGAACGGUUCAGGAUGAUUUUGCAAAUGAUAGAAUUUCUUCAAAAGCUUGUCUUUUUGAUGAGCAAAGUUUCAACAUGGAUGACUUUGUCACUGUUGAUGAGGUUGGUGAAGAUGUGGAAGACGCAAGUCUAGAGCCUGAAAGUCUCUCCACAUCAAAGCAGUCCCCCAGAACAAGAGAGGGACAUGGCUCAGGUCGGUCGUUUGAAGGCAAACUGGCCUCAACAAGGUCUUCAACUGAUUCUAAGCGCUCAGCCUCUUCCUCAUCCUGUUCAUCCUCAUCCAAAUCAACUAAAGGCUCAACCUCUGCAUCACCAAAAGAGUCCAAAAACUUAUCUGAGCCCAUGUCCACUGCCAGUGUCAGUAAGUCCUCCAGCUAUGCUCCUCCACUGUCUACUGGAAUCCCCUCCUCUCCUGGUCAGAAAACAGAACAGACAACAUCUACAUCCAAAGCAUCAAAUACGGCAUCUUCUGGUCGGAGUACCCGAUCAUCCUCCGCUGCACGUGAAAGGGAAAAGAUAACAUCAGCAGCAAUUGUCAAGACAUCGAUGCAGACUCCUCCAAAGCCCCUUAGAGAAGCAGGAGUCACAGAGAGUGCAGUGACAGUGUCUGACCACAAGGCCUCAGCAGAGGGCACUGCUGCAAAAACUGAGACAGAAAUAGAAACCUCAUCAGAAAGGCAUUCACCUUCUCAGGAACAAGGGGUAGAGUUGAGCCAAGGCCAGAGUCUGGAGAUUGUUAAUGUCAACACACUCAAAGACCAGAAGAAGAGCGAAGAAGAAAGGAAGAAAGAUGAUGCUGACAAACAUAUAGAAGAUGAUGACAACAUUGAAAACUACCAAAUUCUUGAUUCUGUUGAUGAUCAAACAGAUGAACAGAUUGAGGAUGGUAACGAAGACGACAGCUCGAAAAUCCAGCAAACUAGACCUGAAAAAGGUCAGACUGUUGGCGAUGAAGGAAAAGCCUGCCCAGAGGAGGACAGCGAAAUGGAAAUAAACAGUCCUUUCCAAGUGCUAGACAGUGUCACUGAAGACCAAGCAGCUAUGAGUCAAGAGGACAGUCACUUAGUCCAAGAUGAUGAUUCCACAUUAAAGCAACUUUCUGAGGAAGGUGCAACGCCAGUAGUCGACACAUCUGAAGGUAAAGAUGCAGUAGGUAAAGAUCAAGAGACAAAUGACAAAGAUCAUUUCCAAGUGUUAGAUACAUGUAGUGUACAAGCUCUAGGGGGCAAGGGAGAUGGGGAGAAUAAAAGACAUAAAGAAGAAGAAGAGGUCAAACUAGUUUCAGCAGAAUCCUGCAAAGCUUCCAAAGAUGUGGAAACUCCUGAUGACCAAAUCCUAAAUGAAGACCAACCUGUCCAAGACAAUGACAACAAAGACCAUGACAGUGAUGUUACAGAACAAGAAACCUUUGAGAUAUUGGAUUCAAUUGAUGAUCAGACUGCAACAGAAGAUGAUGGCCAAAAACAUGAAACUGACGAGAUAUCUAAAGAAGAAGUUAGUCCCAGAGAGGAAGACCAAGACUUCUAUCAGGUAAUCGAUUCUUUGGAAGAUCAACCAACGACUACAGAGCCUGAGUCAGAGACUGACAAAAAGGGAAAAAGGACCAAGAGAGGAGAGGCAACUGCUACAAAAGAUGAAAGACCAUCAAGGAGGAGCGGUCCUACUACCAGAGCAUCUAAAAGUGAAGAGACGGAGAAAUCACCAAAGAAAGAGGACAGAACAGUUAAAAAAUAUGAGACACGGACAAAGAAGGAUACCACUGCAGGAGUCAAAGAGAUCAAAGAGGCCCCUGAGGAGAUGAUGUAUGAGAUAGUAGAUUCUGUUGAAGACGAACCAGUUCAAGAGACUGCCACCACAGAAAGGUCUGGUAGAAGGAGGAGUACUAGAGGAAAGAAGGAGGAUAAAAUUACAUUGGAAUCCACAGAAGUGUCUGAAAAACCUGUCGAGGAUGAGGAUGCUACGUACAAGGUUUUAGACUCUGUGGAGGAAGAGACUGCUGAUGAUGAACCGAUCGCCACAAGAAGAUCUACCAGAGGAAAAACGGAAAAAACAAGCAAGGACACACCAACAAGAACGAGGCAAACUCCUGCCAGAGAGUCGCAGGAACGAAACCGGGAAACGCAAAAGAAAGGAGAAAGAGCCUCUUCAAGGCACAGUACACCAACAAAGAGUGAUGUUGUUGUAGGAGAACUAAGUGAGGAGGUCACCUAUGAAAUGUACGAGGACAAGGCUAAGGAUGAUCAGCCCACUACAGGAGGAAAAAGAAAAAGGGGAAGACCAAGGAAAGAGGUUAAAAUGACAAAAAAAGACAUUGUAACAUUAAAGAAGGAAGACAAAGACGCAUCAGAAAAAGCAGCUGAGGAAGAAGAGGCGACAUAUCAAAUUCUUGAUUCUGUGGAGGACAAGACAAUUGAUGGUCAGCCUCCAUCAGAUCAGUCAAGAAAGAACGCCACAUCUUUAAUGGGACCAACUAAAAAUGAGGAGGAAGAGCCGAUGUAUGAGAUCAUAGAUUCUCUGGAAGAUGAUCAAGAAGAGCCAAAUACCACCGAGGUGUCUGGAGGGAAGAAGAAAAAAAGUGAUGAAACUCCUGCAAAAGAAGAGCCAUCAACCGACAAAGGAGACACACCAACGUGUGGCACCACGAGUCUGUAUGAGCCAGUCGAUGACUUAGAGGAGGUACAUGAUGAUCCAUCUGCUGCAGAAGAUUCUGCUGUUGGAAAUGAGGAGCGUACAUCCAAAACAGACAUCAAGAAAGAAGAUAAAUCAACAACCAAGUCCAGGUGUGGUACUGCAACACCGGAAGAGGAAAAGAAAGAAAAAUCACCUGAGAAAAACAAUCCAGUGAGCACUCUGGUGAACCUGGACGAAGUGAGCGAGGAGGAGGAGGAUUACCCUGACGACACAGCAGAGGAGGAAGAACUGAGAAAGAGGCAAGCUGCCACAAAAGAGAAGCAGUUUGCCAAGCACAGGGAAGCGAGGAGGACCACGGAGAGGGAGAAGAGAAGGACCAGGGACAGAGAAAAGAGGGAACAAAUGAGCCGGAGCAGCAGCAGCAGUGGAGGAGGCGACUGGGGAGGGACGAGGAGGAUGAAGGAGAGGGGGAGGGAAAAUGAGGAGGAGGAGGAGGAGGAGGAGGAGGUCGACACCAAGGAACUGGUGACUCUGGAUGAGGUUGGAGCAGAUGAGGCCGGGGAUGAAAGAGAGCCAGAGAGCCGAGAGUGGGAUGAGGAGAUCACGGAGGGAGAACUGCAGGCGCUCGUCACCCUGGAUGAGUUUGUAGAGGAAGAGGACGACAAAAAGACGGAGCAAAGCACGCCAGAGACCCGCCCACUUCUCCAGGAGGACGAAUCAGUAGACUCCUUGAACCCAGAGACUUUGGUGACUUUAGAUGAAGCAGGCGAUGAGAAGGACGAGGAGCCGGACGAAGAGCAAGCUGAGAAAACAUCAAGAUCUGCUAAACGCAAACACGACGGUGACACAGAGGAAAAUAUGAACUUUGUGACGAUAGAUGAGGUGGGAGAAGUGGAAGAGGAGGAGGAAAAGGAAGCGGUAACGGUAACAACAAGGACAAGAGGCCGAGCCAAGAAGAGAAGCAGACAGACCCCUGUGAGAAAAUCAGCCAGAGGGAAAAAAGUGAGCACAGACGAAGAGAAGGAAGCAGCUGAUGUUCCGCCUCCCACUUCACUCGAUGCCUCCUCAUCAUCUGACAAAGACCCGUCUACGUCAUUGAGUGACGGCCAGCAGGAGGUCCAGAAGACAGAGGUGGAAGCGGCGAGCCAAACCGACGUUGAAGCUUCCUCUGCUGGGUAUGAGCUGCAGCCGGAGCGCCCUGAGAACCAAACAGUGGAGGAAAGACUGAGCAGGGCGGACAUUAAAGUUGUGAGUAAACAGAGGAGUGAGCUCGUCGGACCAGAACCAAAGAGAUCUCGUUCUCAGUCUCCUUGUGUCGCCGCUGACUUCAAAAUGCCGACAUUCAAACCCAACAACCCCCUCGGUCAGGAGUUUGUCGUCCCCAAAUCGGGGUAUUUCUGUAACAUCUGCUCCGUUUUCUACGUGAACGAGAACACCGCCAAGGAGCUCCACUGCAGCAGCCGGAGACACUACGACAACCUGCAGAAACAUUACGAGAAGCUCAAACAGAAACCGUCAAGAAGUUCAACGCAAAGUCCUCAAGACUCCGUCUCUGAUUGAUCCGACUUCACUGUUUUUUGUUAAUUAUGUGUAAAAAUGUAAAACUGGAAACGUCUGCAGAGGCUUUAUUUAAAAAAAUCAACGUGUAGAAUAAACCAUGUUGGUUAUAUUUCAUAUAAAAUCUAUUAUAGCCCGGAGUGACCUGUUCGGUUUUUGGUGCCUUGCUCUGCCAACAGUUGCGCAGAAAAUGGAAACAUGAGCGGUUACAUCUUCGAGUUCAUUAACUCUUUUCCUCUUGCGUAUAAUUACUACAAAUGAGUUUAAUAUAAACCUGCAAGUGUGUUUCCUGUUUGUUUGUUUUUCGCUUUUUUUCUUCAAGUCGUACAUUAAAGUGUGAUGAAAACUCACGUUUACUACAUCGUCUCGUCUCUCCUGCUGUGAUCCAACAGUAGAAAAAAUCGGCUCUAAAUUUAAAGAGGUCGCUUCAGUUCCUCGAGCUCAAACGGAGCUUUCGUUUCUGAUGCAACAUGUAGCACCUUCCGAAAGACGAAGUGUUACUUUGAGAGCUCGUUAACUCGUAUUUAAAGUCGCAUAAAUGGAGCCGAGACUCAAAUCUUCGACAAAGUAUUUUCCUGUCACUGACGGAUUGCGUGAGGCGACGUGAUCAUCAUUUUGUUCACCGUGACACAAACGCUAAACAUUUUGUCUCUCGACGACUGUUAUUAGUUUUGGAGAAUAUUUUAUGUUUAUGUAAAGGUCAAAGUACAUUGUUAUGUUUUUUUUUUCCUUUGCUUGUUUUGGAAACUUUUAUUUUAUAAUUAAACUCUUAUUAAAUCCUGACAGAUGUGUUUUUAUGUUAAAAAUAUAUAUAUAUUAGCGAUAAGAGAAAAUCAUUUUGACAUAUUUGACACAUUGUUUAUUCAGCCCUCACCAUGUCUUCAAACAAGGGUCCAGUGUGUUGACUUAACUUCUGUUGUACAGUUUGUUCUGUUUCUGUAGAACUAAUUAAAACCUCACGAGGGAGAGUCUCAUGUCUCACGUGAUUUCUGAUCACUGUUCAUUAACCUAAAUAAUUAUGUUCUGAAUAAACUAAUGAUUUUUAAAUGUG